AACAAAACAAGCCUAAUGGCUUCCUCUCCAUCUCACGCCACUGCGUUGCCUACUUGCCCUAGAACCCUCGCCGCCGCCCCUCUUUAGGAUUCCCAUGUCCCUGGUCGCCCCCUGACACGCCCGCCCCGGAUCCUGCACCGGAAUUCCGCGUGGAAUUCCGGGCCGAACCGCCUCUCUGCGUGCGCCUCCGACCACCAAACUCUCUCACACGCGCGCGCGCGCACGUCUGAGGCGGUUGGAUUCUCCGGUGGGGGUCCCUUGGUCUCGAUUUGCUGCUGAUGGGGGUGCCGAAGCAGCGCUGGACGCCGGAGGAAGAGGCCGCGCUCAAGGCCGGCGUCGCCAAGCACGGGCCCGGCAAGUGGCGCACCAUCCUCCGGGACUCGGACUUCAGCGCGCUCCUGCGCCUCCGCUCCAAUGUUGACCUCAAGGACAAGUGGCGCAACUUGAGCGUCACCGCAGGAGGUUACGGGUCUAGAGAGAAGGCAAGGAUGGCGUUGAAGAAAGGCAGGCGCGUGGUGCCUAAGCUUACUGCUGAGCCAAUGGAUGUAGAUGAGAAGGAUAUGGACAACGCUCAUGACACAGUCAUUGAUGUGGAACCGUUAGCAAUGGCUUUCGAGCCCUUGCCUUUUUUGGAAAGCCCAGAUAAGUCAGUUGCUAGGCUCGAUGAUCUCAUAGUAGAAGCUAUAAGGAAGCUUAACGAGCCAUCUGGGUCCAAUAAGGCAGUCAUUUCUGGAUAUAUUGAGGACCAAUACUGGCCGCCUGCUGAUUUUCAAUACCUGCUAUCUACAAAAUUGAAGUCAUUGGUUAAUUCUGGAAAAUUAAUCAAGGUAAACCAAAAGUACAGAAUUGCACCAAGUUCUUCCUUGGGCGGAAUAAGCACUAAGGUAUCCUCUUCUGAAGGGAUGAACACAGAAAAUAAUAAUGUUAAACGGCUAACUAAGCCUCAAGUGGUUGCUGAACUGGAGAAGAUGAAAGGCAUGACCAGGGAAGAGGCUGCUGCCUUUGCUGCCAAGGCAGUUGCCGAGGCAGAAGUAGCAAUGGCAGAAGCUGAGGAAGCAGCAAGAGUUGCAGAGGCUGCAGAAAAUGAUGCUGAAGCUGCAAAGGCUUUUCUUGAUGCUGUCAUUUUGUCAAUGAGAAACAGGAACGCUGCUUCCAUGAUACUUCGAGCUUGCUGAUCCUUUACCCAUGCAGCACACCGAUGUUCUGCUGCAAAGAUUUUCUGGAUAGACGAGUUUCUUGUAUAGCCUUAUAGAUCAUGGCGGGUUUUCAACAGCUUGCUGUUGUCCUGUGCUGUGCAGCCAAUCGACAACAUGAUAACAAGAAUGAUCGAGAAAGUAGUCUUCAUUUUUUUUUGUUUCCCAUUGUGUUGCUUUGUAAUUAAACUAUAGCCUUUUCCCUUCAUUAGUUGAUGAAGUGAUGUCGUCUAAUAGAACAACUGUAGUGAAAAGAAAAUGUCAGAAAGCCGCCUUAGUUAAUGCAAAUUGCUGUGAUAGUAUUUUUGCAGAAAUGAUUAUAUGGUGACAGCGUUUAAGAUUA